UAUUGUUGUCAUUGGAAUAUGAUUUAUUGAAGACAUUUUAAUAAUAUUUUAAUAAACAUAAUAUUUUUAUAAUCAUGGAGGGAAAACAACCAGUAGCGGACAGACUGAAACAGGCUCUUGUAUUGACCAAAUGUUGCUUUUGCAUGGACCUUAGAACGGGAUCCUUGAUAAUUGUGUAUUAUGCCUUGUUUUCUAGUAUAAUCAACGUUCUAAUAUUUCUAUUGAGCGGGUUAAAGUCCGAUUUCGACGGAAUGGUUGCAAAACAAGAGGGACAAUUGGAUACAUUCAAUAAAACAGAAAUCAUAGUCGUGAUACUAAUCUCCGUCAUGAAUAUAGCGAUCUGUGUUAUCUGCUUGCUUGGAAUAUAUCGGAACAUACCGCACUACGUGUAUAUAUAUCUGGUUUAUAAUUUGAUCUACAUCGUCGUGAUCAUCUUGCUGUUACUAGCAAGUGUCAUCACGGGACAUGAUGACCUAGAACUUUUGUUCUGGCAUAUAAUAAGUAUACUACUGUAUGUUUAUUUCUAUUUGGUAGUGAGAAGUUACUACUUAACAAUGGCAGGCUCACCCCCUGCUCGACAAUAGGAAGUUGAUGACGACUUCACUACAGGACUUCAAUAUCUAUAUGUACUUACCAAUAAUAAAGAUUACUAGUGUACUCAACAUUCUAGGAUUUCUAUGUGACGUGAUAAUGCCCGAUGAUGAUGGAAUGGCAAAGGAGGAUAAAUUGGAUAUAUUCAAUUUAACAGUAACCAUAGUCGUGAUAAUAAUCUGCAUCAUGAAUAUAGCGACGUGCGUUAUCUGCUUGCUUGGAAUAUAUCAGGACAUACCGGAAUACGUGUAUAUAUAUCUGAUCUAUUCUUUGGUCUACCUCGUCGUGAUCAUCUUGCUGUUACUAGCAAGUGUCAUCACGGGACGUGCUAGCAUAGGAUUUUACUUCUGGGAUAUAAUAAGUAUACUACUAUUUUUUUAUUUCUAUUUGGUAGUGAGAAGUUAUUAUUUAACAAUAGGAGGCUGACCCCCUGCUCGACAAUAGGAAGUUGAUGACGACUUCACUACAGGACUUCAAUAUCUAUAUGUACUUACCAAUAAUAAAGCUCGGACCAGUUUCUUGUAGUAACCAAUUGUUGCUUUUGCUUCGAUCUUAGAACAGGAUCCUUGAUAAUUGUGUAUUUUACCUUGUUUCAGUUUUCAAAGUCAGUUAGUCACUCACUUAACUGAAGAGUCGAGGAAGGACGUCGAGGUCUUGAUAAGCAACCAGGAAGUCGUUGAAGUGCGUACAGUCCUACAUCAAAAGCCUCAGAACCUUUGUACUAAGACAUCCUGCGACAUAAAAGGCCAGCCAGGAGUCCGUCCCAGUCAGAAAUUGAGAACGGGUAAUUUUGGGAUCCCGGAUUCCCUGGUCAAAUCGGUCAGGAAUGAUGAAAACUAUCAUCUCUUGAAGGAUUUAGAUUACUAGUGUACUCAACAUUCUAGGAUUUCUAUGUGACGUGAUAAUGCCCGAUGAUGAUGGAAUGGCAAAGGAGGAUAAAUUGGAUAUAUUCAAUUUAACAGUAACCAUAGUCGUGAUAAUAAUCUGCAUCAUGAAUAUAGCGACGUGCGUUAUCUGCUUGCUUGGAAUAUAUCAGGACAUACCGGAAUACGUGUAUAUAUAUCUGAUCUAUUCUUUGGUCUACCUCGUCGUGAUCAUCUUGCUGUUACUAGCAAGUGUCAUCACGGGACGUGCUAGCAUAGGAUUUUACUUCUGGGAUAUAAUAAGUAUACUGGGCCCCGAGGUGGACUCGGACACGUCUCUGAACGACUACCUCCGCAACCAUCUGAACCUGCGCGGCACCAAGUACAUGUGCAAGGAGGGCGGCUGCGGCGCAUGCGUCGUCGCUGUCACCGUCAACGACCCACAUCGGAGGACCUUCUCUGUCAACUCGUGCCUGGUCUCAAUAACAUCAUGCCAAGACUGGGAGAUCACUACUAUAGAGGGGAUCGGCAAUCGAGCGCGGGGGUACCACCCCGUGCAGAGGACCCUGGCUGAGUACAACGGCACUCAGUGUGGAUACUGCAGUCCAGGGUUUGUGAUGAGCAUGUACAGUCUCCUAGAAGCCAAUCAUUAUGAUUUAACUCAGUAUGAGAUUGAAAACUCCUUCGGAAGCAACACCUGUAGAUGUACAGGCAGCAGACCUAUCCUAGACGCCUUCAAGAGCUUCGCCAAGGACGCUCCCAAACCUCCUCCGAAAAUUGAAGACAUUGAAGAUCUAAAAAUCUGCCCAGGAAAAGGCGAUUGUAAGGGAUGUGGGAAAGAUAAGAAUUGGUGUAUGGUCAGUCAGAGCGAUGUCGACCCUCCUCGGAUUAAGAAAAUCAAUCUGAAGGACGGUCACGUGUGGUACAGAGUGAAUGAGGUCGCCGAUAUAUUCACCGUGUUGGAUGCUGAGGGCUACGAGUCUUACAUGCUGGUGAACGGAAAUACUGGACGAGGUGCUGUUCCAGUUCUGGUCCAUCCGAGAGUUUUGAUAGACAUCCAGCCGAUAAAGGAACUGAAAGGAUAUUACUUAGACCAGAACCUGGUCGUGGGCGCUGGUAUAACUCUGACAGACCUGAUGGAACUGUUCAAGGACGUCUCCAAGACUCACGAGGAGUUUCAGUAUCUGUACAAGCUCUAUGAACAUUUAGAUUUGGUCGCCCACAUUCCUGUGAGAAAUAUUGGUACUGUAGCUGGGAAUCUCAUGACAAAAUAUCGUCUGCACGCUUUUUCUUCAGAUAUAUUUUUAUUGUUGGAAACUAUAGGAGCUGUGUUAGUUAUAGGUGAGUAUUCAAAUAUCAAAAUCAAAUAACAACUUGUAUUUUUC